GGAGCAGUGUUCGAUUCACGGGCGGUAGUGUACGUUUUGCGGUCAUCGCGCGAGUUCCAUUCGCGACGCGCAGUGGUAAAUGUUAUCGACUCACACACAGACACACAUAUGUAAACAUAUUUUUAUUCGAUUUAAUUUUUCGUUCGGUCAUUAAACAUCGGUAUCGUUUUUCGUUCAUUCAUAAUAUAUCGUUUUUCGUUUUUCGUUCAUUCAUAAUAUAUCGUUUUUCGUUCAUUCAUUCAUUCGGUUUGCGACGCCAAGACGAUAAUUGGAAAAUCUCACGAUGUCCGUGUCCACGUUGAAUAUGACGCCCUACUUCACCGGAUACCCGUUUCAAGGCCAGGGCCGCAUGAACCAGCUCGGUGGCGUGUUCAUCAACGGACGGCCGCUCCCCAACCACAUCAGACUGAAGAUCGUCGAAAUGGCCGCGGCCGGUGUACGCCCGUGUGUCAUAUCUCGGCAGCUCAGGGUGUCGCACGGCUGCGUGUCGAAAAUCCUCAACCGGUACCAAGAGACCGGAAGUAUACGGCCCGGCGUGAUCGGCGGCAGCAAGCCUAGGGUGGCCACGGACGUGGAGAGACGCAUCGAGGAGUACAAGAAGGAACCCGGCAUGUUCAGCUGGGAAAUCCGUGACAAGCUCGUAAAGGACGGUAUUUGUGACAAAAACUCGGCCCCGUCUAUCAGUUCCAUUAGCCGACUACUGCGUGGAGGUAGAAGGGACGAGCUGAAAAACCAUUCAAUCGACGGUAUUUUGGGUCCGAGCAGCGCCGACGACUCUGACACUGAAUCGGAACCGGGUUUCCACUUGAAACGCAAACAGCGCCGGAGCCGAACCACGUUUACUGGCGAGCAACUCGAAGACUUGGAGCGCGCAUUCCACAAGUCCCAGUACCCAGAUGUGUACACAAGAGAAGAGCUGGCCCAAAAAACCAAACUCACCGAGGCCAGGGUGCAAGUGUGGUUCAGCAAUCGCCGGGCUCGUCUCCGGAAGCAGAUGGGCACGCACCAGCACAUGAACGCCGCGGCAGCGGCAGCGUUUAACCCGGCCGCGGCUGUCGUGAGCCUCUCGGCUGGCUCGUUCCAGUCCGCGUCCAGCGGCCAACACGGAGCUCACGGCCAGUAUGGUGGCCACGACCAUCACUCGACCACCGCCGCGUCGAACUUCAAUUCGCCCCAAGGGACUUCCCACGGCACGUGGCCCACCGCCGCCGCCGCCACUGGAUACUAUCCGGCGACUUCCUGCAACUACGGGCCAGGCGGCAGUGGCAUGAACGGCGGCACGUCCGCCGACGCCAUGUACCACCACCCGCACCACGCGCACCACCAGCACAACAAUAACAACAACAACAACGCUGGCGCUUCGUAUUCGCCGCAGGGAACGGCGGUCGACCAUCAUUCGUUGGGAUGGACAAAGCCCAACAAGGACGUGACAGCCGCCGCUACUUGGAGCCCGGACAAUUACUCGUUCUUUGCCGGCGGCAACACCAUAUACGGGUCAGGUUCCAACUUGGCUCCGCACUCGGCUAGCGAAGCCAAGUCUGGCUAUCCGUACUUCGGUCAACUGUCCCAAAUGGACGCCAUGUGUGGCAGGGUGCAUUAACUGCAUUGAAUGCAGCGGUGGAGGCUUUUAUUAUAUCGGCGUAAGAGGAGGCGUCGUACCGUUUUCAAACUCGUCCCCUUUCCCUUUCCUGGCCGUACAGCAAUUUUAUAUUAUUGCCGUGUUUUCUCUCGGCGAAUCCGAUCCGCAGCAAUAUAAACUACGCAAGAACAUAUUUUUUAUUUGAUCAUCAUAAUGUUAUAUCAAUAUUGUAUAUUAUUAAACUAUUAUCAUUAUUAUUAUUAUUAUUAUUAGCAAAUAUUAUCAUUAUUGUUUUAUUGUAAAUAAAUACAAAACUAACGUCUAACGGUACCUAUAGUAAAACCUUACGCGUACCUAUAUAAUACAUUGUAACUAUAAUACAAUAUUAUAAUUUUACACUAAAAAUGUUUUUUUUUUCUUAAAGGUGCACAGCGCAAUUCGUAUUGUGCAUAUUAUUAUGUAGUUAUAAAGAGUAAAAGAUAAGAUUUACAAAAAAAAAAAACAUUGUACAUUAUUUUCAUGUAAUAUAAUACUAUUAUAAUAGUAUGUAAAAAAGAUCCAGCGAGUGUUAUAUCAUAUUAUAUCAUACACACUAUAUUAUAUAUUAUAUCAUGUACAUUAUAUUAUAUACUAAUAAAAUCGUCGUCGA